AUGUGCCAUACUUGCUGCUCCACAGGCUCCCAGUCACCCUGCUGCUCACUCGCCUACUAUGGAAGCUCCUGCUGCCACCCAGUGUCCUGUGUGACUCUACUGUGCAAGCCUGUGUGUGGCAUGGCCACCUCCUGCCAGUCACCAUGUGGGGCUGCCAACUGCUGCUCCAGUGCCUGUCAGGCCCCAUGCUGCCCUGUGGCCUGUGGCCAGGUCUCCUCCUGCAGCUUGACCUGCUGUGUGUCUAGCCCCUGCCAGGCAGCCUGCUGUGUUCCCAUGAGCUGCAAGCCUGCUGUGUGUGUGGCCCCCUCCUGCCAGUCUUCAUGCUGCUGUCAGCCCUCCCAUCCCACCCUUGUCUGCAGACCUAUCACCUGCAGCACCCCUUCCUGCUGCUGA